GCGCUUUCCGAACGCUGUUUGCUCCUGGUUUGCACGUUAACCUUGCAGUUCCUGUUGUUACGUCACGUUUGCGCGGCACGAAAUCACAUUUUCGAUGUGUCACGCUUGUUAGACAUUAUUUUCGCGAAUGCUCAAUUCAAUUAUAUCAGAUUAACGGAGUCAAGUAGCUCGUGCUAUCUGCGAAGAGACUUACUGCGACUGUAUACUGCGCGCAAACGAGAAAUUGAAGAACAAUGAAGAUGGCAAUUCCGGCCAAACACAUUCUUCACAGUGGAAUUUUUCAUCCAGUCCUACGAGAGUGGCAGUCGCCAAAUGUUGAGAUCACUGUCAAUAAUCUUAUGUAUCCAAUAUUUGUUUCGGAUGAAGAAAAUGCUAAAGAUUUAAUUAAUAGCAUGCCUGGGGUAUAUCGCUAUGGGAUUAAUCAUUUAGAAAAGAUGCUACAACCUCUGGUGGCAAAAGGUUUGCAAUCCGUUUUAUUAUUCGGAGUAUCGCAGCAUCUGGAAAAGGAUGAGAUUGGAAGCAAUGCCGAUAGUGCAAGGAAUCCUAUUAUUCAAGCUGUACCAUUAUUACGAGAAAAAUUCCCCAAUUUAUUAAUAGCAUGUGACGUUUGCUUAUGUCCAUAUACAAAUCAUGGACACUGUGGUAUUCUUAACAACGAUGGUAGUAUAAAUAAUGCAAGCAGUAUCCAACGGAUCGCUGAAGUAGCUGUAUCAUAUGCAAAAGCUGGCGCGCAAAUUGUUGCACCAUCCGACAUGAUGGACGGCAGGAUAAGCGCGAUAAAACAUGGCCUAGCUACUGCUGGACUCUCAAAUAAAGUAGCAGUCUUAUCAUAUGCAGUAAAGUUUGCAUCGGGACUUUAUGGACCUUUUCGGGAUGCGUCGCAGUCUGCACCAAAAUUUGGCGAUCGCAAGUGCUAUCAGUUGCCUCCUGGUAGUAAUGGAUUGGCAGCCAGAGCUGCUGCAAGAGAUGUGGCUGAAGGAGCGGAUAUGCUGAUGGUGAAACCAGGAUUGCCUUAUUUGGACGUCGUGCGACAUACGAAAGAUGCGCAUCCAGAAUAUCCUAUAUUUGUGUAUCAAGUGUCAGGAGAGUACGCUAUGUUGUAUCACGGUGCACAAAACGGCGCGAUCAACUUAGAGAAUGUACUUAACGAGAUAUUGCUCUCCAUGAGAAGAGCGGGCGCUAAUUUGGGACUGUUAUCAGUCGCCGCGAUCGCAAAAGAGGAUAAAGAGAAAGAAGAUAUUGGCACAGUGAUAGGAAUUGAUCUGGGUACAACUUAUUCUUGUGUUGGUGUUUACAAGAAUGGUCGUGUAGAGAUCAUUGCCAACGAUCAGGGUAAUCGAAUCACGCCUUCCUACGUGGCGUUUACCAAUGACGGCGAGCGUUUGAUUGGCGAUGCUGCAAAGAAUCAACUGACCACGAAUCCAGAGAACACCGUGUUUGAUGCCAAGCGGUUGAUCGGCCGCGAGUGGUCGGAUCCUACUGUGCAGCACGAUGUGAAAUUCUUCCCAUUCCCGGUCAUCGAGAAGAACAAUAAGCCGCAUAUCAAGGUCGACACUAGCCAAGGUGAAAAGGUCUUCGCGCCUGAGGAGAUCUCUGCUAUGGUAUUAGGCAAAAUGAAAGAAACCGCCGAGGCAUAUCUUGGCAAAAAGGUCACUCAUGCGGUAGUUACUGUGCCGGCUUACUUCAAUGACGCACAAAGACAGGCCACGAAGGAUGCUGGCACUAUUUCUGGCUUGGUUGUAAUGAGGAUUAUAAACGAGCCGACUGCCGCUGCGAUUGCAUAUGGUUUGGACAAGAAAGACGGCGAGAAGAAUGUGCUGGUGUUUGACCUGGGCGGCGGUACCUUCGACGUCAGUUUGCUCACUAUCGACAACGGUGUGUUCGAGGUGGUUGCCACUAAUGGCGACACCCACUUGGGAGGUGAAGAUUUCGAUCAGCGUGUGAUGGAUCAUUUCAUCAAGUUAUAUAAGAAGAAGAAGGGCAAGGAUAUCCGCAAGGAUAAUCGCGCUGUACAAAAAUUGCGUCGCGAAGUCGAAAAGGCCAAACGAGCACUCAGUGCUAGUCACCAGGUCAGGAUCGAGAUUGAAUCAUUCUUUGAGGGCGAGGACUUCUCUGAGACCUUGACUCGUGCCAAAUUCGAAGAAUUGAACAUGGACCUCUUCCGUAGUACUUUGAAACCUGUACAAAAGGUCUUGGAAGAUUCUGACAUGAGCAAGAAAGACGUGGACGAGAUUGUUUUAGUUGGUGGCUCGACUAGGAUCCCGAAAGUUCAACAGCUGGUUAAGGAAUUCUUCGGUGGCAAGGAGCCAUCGCGAGGUAUCAACCCUGACGAAGCCGUCGCCUAUGGUGCCGCUGUACAAGCCGGUGUACUUUCUGGAGAACAAGACACCGAUGCUAUUGUACUUCUCGACGUUAAUCCUCUUACUAUGGGUAUCGAGACUGUUGGAGGUGUGAUGACCAAACUCAUUCCAAGGAAUACAGUCAUUCCCACAAAGAAAUCUCAGAUCUUCUCCACGGCAUCAGACAGCCAGCACACCGUCACGAUUCAGGUGUACGAGGGUGAGCGUCCCAUGACCAAGGACAACCAUUUGCUUGGCAAAUUUGAUCUAACUGGCAUCCCACCGGCACCACGUGGAAUACCGCAGAUUGAGGUCACCUUCGAGAUCGACGCUAACGGUAUUCUGCAGGUAUCAGCCGAGGACAAAGGCACUGGCAAUCGCGAGAAGAUCGUCAUCACGAACGACCAGAAUCGCUUGACGCCUGAUGACAUCGAGCGGAUGAUCAAGGACGCGGAGAAGUUCGCCGACGAUGACAAGAAGCUAAAGGAGCGCGUGGAGGCGCGCAACGAUCUCGAAUCGUACGCGUACUCGCUGAAGAAUCAAUUAGCCGACAAGGAGAAGCUCGGCUCGAAGGUGAGCGACGCGGACAAGGCUACGAUGGAGGAAGCUAUCGAUGAGAAGAUCAAAUGGUUGGAGGACAAUCAGGACACCGAGCCAGAGGAAUAUAAGAAACAGAAGAAGGAGCUCACCGAUAUUGUUCAGCCGAUCAUCGCCAAGCUCUAUCAGGGCGCGGGCGGCGGUGUUCCACCCACCGGCGGCGAGGAUGAAGAUAUCAGGGACGAACUUUAACUGCAAAUUAGCGACCCGCUCACCUCGGUUCGCGAUUUAGACUGAUUACUCGCCUUCCGAGCAAAUACUUUACAGAAGUGCUGAUAUACAUUAUGAGAGGCUGAGCGCGGUAUACAUGUGAGGUCACGUUCUCGCCGUACGUUUAGCUGAAAGUGGCUGUCUGGUUCUAAGUUUUACUUAGAUAAUAUGUAGUAUACACUAUCUAUAACUUUAAGGCUUAGGUUAAGGAAGACGUUUGAAGCUAAAUGUGCAGUGGGAAUACAAGUCUUCGUCACAAAUCUUACGUACAAUUUAAGAAAAGUGCGAGAAAAUUCUAGUGAUAUUUUGAAGGCGUCAGAUUCCAAGAAAGCGAGAUCGUAGAUUCUCUUUAGAAUUUUUCUAGAAUUUUGACGACUUUUCGACAUCAUCAGCAUUUUCGAUACUGCGCUCAUUUCUCCGUGACACAUGCAUACUGACUCCAAGGCGUCGUUAAUUUAUUUCGAAUUGUUUUAUAUGUUUUCCCACUAAGUGUAAUAAUCGAGUAAGUGGAAUAAUCGGUUACUUGCGGAUCAAAGCGCGUUAAAGAUAUUCAUGAGUAUAUGCGUAGCGAAUGUAUGACUGAAUGAGAGUGAAUGAAAUGCGUGAGGACGCACGGGCUUGUAACUCGUAUAUUGCCAACGAGUUACAUACUGUGUACAAUGUAGCCGUGUUUACGUGUGAAUGCAACAUGUGUAUCAGUAACAAAAAUAAAGAUUUUUUCAGUAAACCGUAAA